AAGGUUAAAUAGAACUAAUCACAGACAUGCCAGGGUCUUACACCUUUGACCUUUGAAAAUAGCAGAUGUUUAAUCAUCUUUCCAACCUAGUCUGCAGUUUCCAGUGCUGGCGGUUCCCUGUCAGCUGUCGUGGUCUCCUUCAUGUUGGCCAAAGCCUAGAAGUGUAACACCCCCAGAUGUGUUCAAAUUGGUCAAACUGCUGGAUAAUGAGUGGAUGGGACUUCCACGCCUGCCCAAGUCAGGGGAGGGGGUGAAUUUCCUGAGUGGGCUCCCUGGGGAUACUCCAAGAGUGGUGAAAACCCUGAGUGGAUUCUCCAAGAGAAGAGUGACCAUUGCCGACCUCGUGGCUGGCCUUCAAGGCCCGAUUUCAAAGUGAUUGCAAAAUGAAAUGCAAUCCACAGAAGAGAAGAAAUUGCAAAUGGUAGCAAGCGUAAGAAGAUAUGCUCAGCCUCAUGAUGCCAAAGCAAGCCCAAGUUUACACAGCAACGAGCACAUUCUGUGAAAACUGGCAGGAUUUGAAUACAACUGCUGUUUCUCAGCCGUGGAGGGGGAGGGGUCUACAACCCAGAUGUGAGAGUAAAUUUGAACAACAUUUUUAAAGCCAGUUUGGCAAUUUUUGUCAACAUUUUAAAUGUGCAUACCCCAUGACCCAGCAAUUCCUCUUCUAAGAAUUUCUCUUAUAAAAAUGCCUGUGCAAGCUCACAAAUACAUGUGUACAACGAUGUUCACAUGACAGCAUUUGAGGCAGGAAAAACUGGAGACACAAAACAUCCACCUUAAGAGGAAUAGUUAUGCAAAUUGUGGAAUCAUCAUUAUAAUGGAGUUAUGCAGUUAUUAAAAAGAACGAAAUAGGUGUAUGUGUAGGCAGGGAAUAAUCUCCUUGACAUUUUGUUGAAUAAAAGAAUCAGCCUUCAAAAACUAUGUAUAGUAUGAAACAUUUUUGUUAAUUGUGUGUGUGUGUGUGCUUAUGUGCUUAGCAAAAUGUCUAGAAAAAUAGAUGCCAGGUUAUUAAAGUGGUCACCCCUGGUAGUGUGAUGGGGUAGGGGAGGGGGAUGAGGAGAAGGCUUUCUAUUUUAUUGUAUACAUAUCUCUAUUACUUGACUUAAGAAAUGAGCAUAUAUUACUUAGUCAAUAAAACAAAAAGAUUUUUUAGUGCUUGCAGAAAAAAUGCUGAUGUUACUUUAAACCAGGAGGAGCAAUGUUAGGGCUUCCUCACUCUGGGAAUUGGACUAAAGGUGACUUAGUUUUAAAGGCAACUAGAAAAGGCAUUAAUUCUAUUAAUUAAUGCAUCAGCGGUUUCCAUCUCAGCAAAGAUGUCUUAAUGAGGCGCUCGGGGCACCCAUUAUUUAUCUUACAAAUGCAGCUCCAGGGUCCUGACCGUGCCAGGCAGUGUAACACACAUCCCCGCGGAGGGCUGGCGCUGCAGAAGCUCACGGUCCACCCCCUCCUGCCCACACCCGGCCUCACCCUCCCCUUCUCUUCGAGGAUGACCUCUGUCCCCGUCCCACGGACCCCGACUCCUCCACGAUCUGGCCCCUCCCCCCAUACGUUGCAUUCCAGGACUCCCGCAAAGGAAUCACUUCAGCCUGGACUGCAAACCGCACUCCUACACCUCACCGUGGGCACCUUGGGGGUGUCCUCCAACAUCCCCGCCCCGCCCUCUCUUUCCUGGCCUCCUUUCUUUCCAGCUGAUGAGGAACUGGGGACCCAGAGUCGGCCUGUGUGAGGCCCGUACAGGUGGCUCCCGCAGUCUUUAGAGGCACAGGGUCGGUCUCCCGAGGCCGACCUGGUAAAAUUCCUGCAUCUCCCGCAGGCCGCCCUUCUCCGGCUUGGCCGGGACCGGCCUCUGGACCCCGGGCUCCUAGCCCGCGCGCACCAGGAGCUGUCCGCGGUGCUGACCGCAGGCGCUUCCCGCGCUCGGCCGAUGCGCACGCGUCCCGGGAGGGGCUCGCGGGACCCGCCGGCGCCGCCACUGCGCAGCCUCCCGCGGGCUCCCCGCCCGGCGCAGCCUCCCGCGGCCUCCCCGCCGCCGCUCUCGCCUGGGCCGGCCAUGGCGCUCAACAAUUUCCUUUUCGCGCAGUGCGCCUGCUACUUCUUGGCCUUCCUGUUCAGCUUCGUGGUGGUGGUCCCGCUGUCCGAGAACGGCCACGACUUCCGCGGCCGCUGCCUGCUCUUCACCGAGGGCAUGUGGCUGAGCGCCAACCUCACGGUGCAGGAGCGCGAGCGCUUCACGGUGCAGGAGUGGGGCCCACCGGCCGCCUGCCGCUUCAGCCUGCUCGCCAGCCUCCUGUCUCUGCUGCUGGCCGCCGCGCACGCCUGGCGCACGCUCUUCUUCCUCUGCAAGGGACACGAGGGCUCCUUCUUCUCCGCCUUCCUGAACCUCCUGGUCAGCGCCUUCGUGGUCUUCCUGGUCUUCAUUGCCAGCACCAUCGUGAGUGUGGGCUUCACCAUGUGGUGCGACACCAUCACCGAGAAGGGCACCGUAGCCCACAGCUGUGAAGAGCUUCAGGACAUCGACUUGGAGCUGGGUGUGGACAACUCCACCUUCUACGAUCAGUUUGCAAUUGCCCAGUUUGGCCUCUGGGCCUCAUGGCUGGCCUGGCUGGCCAUCACCACACUGGCCUUCCUGAAGGUGUACCACAACUACCGUCAGGAGGACCUGCUGGACAGCCUGAUCCACGAGAAGGAGCUGCUGCUGGCCCGGCCGUCCCCACGCACCUCCUUCCAAGAGGAGAAGAGCGCCGUCAUUUAGGCAUGGCGCGGGCAGGGGAGCUGGCCCCUGACCUCCCAGCUAUGCUUGGGGGCAUGGGCCUGCCUGGGGAAGCAGCUGGGGGGCUCUGCCUGGGCCCUGGCCACAUGCAGCCCUGUGUGUGUCCCCUCGAGCGUAGUGAGGUGAGCGCCCCAGUGCCCACUCGUGAGCCUAGCAGUGGACUGGGUGGGUGCUGGCUCCCUGAUGAGGAUGGUGCAGAGACUAUGGGUGUGGGGCGGGGGGUGGGGGGCACCUCCAGGCCUCGCACAGGGCCCCAUGGCUGUCCCAGUAGGACCUGACUGGCCAGCCUGGGUGGAGGGCGUCCAGCUGGUCUCUCCCAACCCUGGCCGGUUGCUGUCUCCGUGCCAGCUGGCCCAGGGGUGGCCAGACGUCACUCAGCCCUGAACGAAUUCUGCAUGAAUUCUGCCAUCCAGGCAGAGGCUACGUGUGGGGAGGAGCUCACGGCACCUUCCAGCCUCUGACCCUGGGUUGGCCCCCCCCCCGGCUGAGUCCCCCUCCUGGGUGGGUGCCACAGGCCUGGGAGACCCUGUGGCCGGGCUCAGGGAGGCUUCUGAGGCCUGUGAGUUCGCCUCACUGUGUGUGGGUCCUGUUUGUGCUUGGCUGAGGGGCACGGAGGUGGUAAUCUGGGCUCCACAGAGUCAGGGGCAUCAUCUGGUUGGGGAUUUGGGGGCACACUUACCACACAGAGGAUUGGGCCAGGAGCCAUGGCAGGGGUCUGUGUGUGGGUGUAUAUGGGGGAUGUGAUUCUGUGAGUGCCUUUGUGCAUGGGAGGGUGUGAUUGUGUAUGUGAGUACAUGAGAGGAUGUGACUGUGAGUGUGCAUGUGCACGUGUGACUGCAUGUGUGGGUGUGACAGUGUAGGUGUGACUGUACAUGGGAAGGUGUGACUGAGGGUGCAUGGGAGGGUGUGAGUGUGCUUGAGUGUGCAUGUGAGGGUGUGACUGAGUGUGCAUGUGUGGGUGUGACUUGUGCAUGUGAGGGUGUGACUGAGUGCAUGUUAGGGUGUGACUGAGUAUGUGAGGGUGUGACUGAGUUUGCAUGUUAGGGUGUGACUGUAUGUGAGGGUGUGACUGUUGUGCAUGUGAGGGUGUGACUGCAUGUGAGGGUGUGACUGUGAGUGUGCAUGUGAGGGUGUGACUGUGAGUGUAU